GAUUGUUGCAGUAUGGUUAUGGAGUCGCUGGGUGGCGCUGCUGCUUGCUCUUUGUGGGUACGGAUCCCUCUCCUUAUCGCGGUCCUGGUUAUCUUUAACGGCGAGAGGGACAGCGGAGCCGGCGCCCAUUCCUUCAUUGGCUUACACAGAUGUCUGUUUAACAGCACCGGGGACUGGGUCUUUCUAGAACAGCAUGUUUAUGACAAGGAGCUGAUGGCGUAUUAUGACUAUAACCAGAAGAAGUACAUCGCGGUGAAAGCCUGGAUGCAGUCUAAUGUGGACAGAUUCAACAGGGAGAGCGCGGAAGCGAAGUACCAGGAAGGGACGGCUUACUGUGAACACAACAUCCCGAUCAUGUACGAAACCGCCCUGGCCCGACAAGUUAAGCCAAAAGUGACAAUCCAAACAAAAGAAUCAGCACAUCCUGGGCCCUCAGCCAUCCUAAUUUGUUAUGCUGUUGGCUUUUACCCAGCAAAGAUCAGUGUCACAUGGCUGAAAAAUGGACAGAAGGUUUCUGAUGCUGAUGUCACAUUCGAAUUGUUAUCAAAUGGUGACUGGACGUAUCAGGUUCGCCAGUAUCUCCAGUAUGAGCCAGUGUAUGGCGAUAAAUACACCUGCCAUGUGGAACACAGCAGCCUGACCUCUCCAAUGAGAGUGGAUUGGGAAGUAGAGAGCACAACUAAAUCUGAAAAAACAAAGAUCAUUGUCGGAGUGCUGGGCUUUGUGUUUGGACUGAUCAUCUUGUUGGCUGGUGUGAUAAUGAGACUGAAGAAUGCUAAAGCUAUCCUGGAUUCCAACCAUGGCCCACGUCUGAUGGGUCCAGCUGUCAGUUAACUGAUCACAUCCACACCAGCUGAAUGAUGGACAGAAUUACAGCAGUCUGCAGGCUUCUUUCAACUUGCGUACAAUUGCAGCUCACUCAGCAUCAGACUUUGCCUUGGCUUUGUUUUGAUUAACUUUACACUUGCAGUUAUAUGCAGCUUUAUAUCCCACUUAAAACAAGAGGAGCAUGUGACUUAUCAAACAUCCUGAUCAGUGUCCUACCCCUGUGCAGAUGGUAAAUAAGGAUAAGCAUAUGGAUGAUGAUGGGAUAGUGUAGGGGGAUGGGCUUAGAUUAGUUCACAGGUCGGCGCAACAUCAAGGGCCGAAGGGCCUGUUCUGCGCUGUAUUGUUCUAUGUUCUAACUAUAUCUACACCACUGGACUUUGUUUCCAAUGCAGACUGGUAGAGUACAUGCUUCUAGGCUCAUGCAUCUAAAGAUGAUUCUCCUGUGUUUUAAUGUUUUUUCUGUUCAGCCUUGUAAAUGUUUUAAUCUCACUGUAAAUUUUCUGGGUUUUGUAUCUAAAUGAUUUGAUGCAAUCUUUAAGUUUUCAAUGAUCUCAAAUUCAGCUGAAAUGGUGGAACACUUAAUUAAAAAAAAUAUUUGGACACAA